UAAUCAGCCACCCCAAUAUCCCGGUCAUUUCCCAGCCCAAUCCACCGUAAGUGGGCCCCAAUCCGCUGGCGGGCAGAGCGAAUAUCUGAUGUGGUAGGAACCGUUACAAUAUUAUCCCCAUGCACCACCAUUUCCUAUGCAUGUGCAAGCUAGAUGCCAUCACGCUCGUGGCUCGCGACCAUUCGAGUUCCGCCUUCGCCAUGUUGGAGCCGCCUGCGACCACUGAACUGAACGAAACUAAAGGCGGAACUCGAAUGUCGCGACCCGCUGGCACGGAAUGCCGGACCCGCCAUUCAGUUUCGUUCAGUGGUUCGCAAGCGUGUCCAACUCCUUCCGCCAUUCAGUCGUCUAUUUCGGUCUCGAAUAUUUAUACGGGAUUUUCGAUAUCCGCACUGCGCGACAGACUCCAUAUCCAUCGAUUCCUCAUGAGUACUCCCAUGGACGUCGACCCAAAAGGCGGGGCCGCCAGAGAUGAUCGGAAAACGUUCAAUAGUCGUGUCAUCCAGGCGAUCGAUGACUACAGCACUGCAAAUGGUCUAGUUUUCGGAGGAUUUGCGACACCACCAAAAUUGCUACAAAUAUUGCUUUCAACUCAUCUACCUACUGGUACCAAUGCUCCUGAUGAGGCCGCAUGUGGUGAAUAUAUUUCGGUUACCCCAAAUUUAUUUCCCAAGCUUCUCAAAGCAUACCGCGACAACUCUUUCUUCGAGUUGUUGAAUGAUGUCGAUAUGCGGCCUCUAACGGGCCUUACCGAUUAUCAGAGUGGCGGGCUUCCAACCAGUCGUAGUGUCCGCGGUAAGCGCCUGUUGAGCUUCUCAUCUGCCUGACGAGUUGCAUCAGGUCUCCAAUCAGCGUUUCACGAACCCUAUCGAGGAGAGGCGCACAAGCUGCUUAUCGAGGUAUUGAACGAGUAUUGGGAGUCAAGCGGCGGGAUCGAUCCAAGUGAGAGACCAUACAAUUGGUCUCUAUCAGUCAUCCAGUCUUCGGGUAUGGGGAAGUCCAGAAUGGUCGAUGAAGCCGCGCUCUCCGUAUUUACGAUUCCA